AUGCUGUUCAACUUCUUCGUUGCCGCCCUACUGGAUGUAACAGAGCAGGUUCAAGUUGCUAAGUUUAUGGGGGGUAAGCAAGGGGCCGACGGGGGCCUUGGCCAAGCCCCCGGGCUACAUAGUGUUGCCCAGGAAGGAUGGCUCGGAAUGCUUCGAUGGUGUGGGAAUAUCGUGAGGCUCCAUCGUGAUGCUAACCUCAUGCCUAUCUGGGAGGGUAUUACUGAUAUGAUGGCAGACGAUAGCAUGCUCCGAGUGCUUCACGGAAAGCUUCGUAACAGGUUAUAG